AUGCGUUACCAAAGAGAAAAACAGGAGCGGAUCAACCAAGUAUUCGAAUAUAUGGUUGGAGCACUUGAAGCAACAGGUAUUACCUGCAUUCUGUUCGGGGAGACCGCUGCAAUGCACUACGAUAUCAAUUUGAUCCCCAAAUACGUUGAAAUAGUGAUAAUGUCCACAACCGUUCUCGAGGAAGCAAGUACCAUGAAGAUCAUCCUGGAACAAUCAACCUGCUUCAAACACACGGGAGCAUGGAUGCUCACGCGUCACGUACGACGAGUCCGACCCCUUUUUCGAACGCCCGAAGGGACGGAGACGCUGUCGAGUUCGUCUUCUCCCUCUCCUCCCAUCCACUACCAGCCCCACCGAAUCAUGCGACAGCAGUCUCGUUGGAUUCCCAUGGAACUCCCUCUCCCACCAGUCCUUGCAGUCGUUUUUGACCUCAUCGAGGGUAUCCAAUCUCAGCUGCUAAAGUCACGUCGCAACCGACUCAGGAAUAUCCUACGGGACCUCGCUAGAAGGAACCUUGUACACGUUGACGACAACUUUCAUCGCGAGUUAUGUGGUCACUUGGAGCGAGUAGUACGGCUCUCACCUGAGCUCGAGGUGUACACCUCGAAAUUUGUUCGGUUCUGUCGAGGGGAAUCCAUCAAGCUUCCUACUGGUCGUCGUGGAGCUGUAGCAGAUGGCCAAGUCGAGCAUGCCGACGACCAGGACGACUUUGAGACGGAUUCUGCCUCGGAAGACGGAGAUAAGGCAAAGACCGUUUCGUGUCCAAUAGUCGUGAAGAUGGAGGUUGUUUCCCCAAGCUCGCACGGUGUCGCUGAUGCUGAAACAGCUAUCAAGCAAGAAGACCAUGAAACCUCUCCUGUCUCUUCCUUCAAUGCAGAAUGCGCGGUGAAGAAGGAAGAGGACGACAUUAUCCCUUUCCCGCUGUUCCAUAGCUCGAACUGUAUGGUCAAGCAGGAACCCCAGGAUGCGCAAGACCUCAUGCCAAUUGACUCUUCCCAACGCGUCCCAACUCUGAUCAAAGCCUUCGACAAGAAGAGACGAAGGUGA